UUAUCUUUAUUACUGCUCUGAGUCUUGCAGUUGAUUAGUAAGCAAAAAGAAGCAAAUUCACGUAUACAGCAGCCCAUAAACCCAUCACCAGUACUUCAGCAUACAAGUGGGCCUCCAUUUGUAACCAAAUCCAUCACUGAUCGCUGGAGAAGCGGAAACGAAAUCUUAGAAGACAAGAAAAUCUUAGAAGACAAGGAAAGGAUACUGCAAUUCAAAAUGAAAGAGUUUCUUCCUCUUAUUCUGAUGACGGUGAUGCUGUUUGUGGCCAGCUGUAAUGGUCGGGCAACAGGAAAACGUGAGGCAGACACUGGGACUGGCCGCGGUAAAAAGAAAGACUGUUCCAAUGUGAGUUGUUUCGCUAUUCCGAGCGAUUUGAUCUGCGUCUACCGUGACCCUUGUAGGCUUCACCCGGAUGCAAUUUGCAAACCGCACGAACCAAACUGCUGCAACGAAAAGUGGGUCCUUCCAAAUUCUACCGUUCCUGUGCGCGGGUGCGGCAUGGAGGAGGAAGAUGACUAUUACUAAUAGUAUUAGACGCGAAGAGUCACACCUCAGGUCGUAGGCUACUAACAAGACCCCCCUCGACAUUUCAACGCCUUUUUCACGGCGUCUAUACCGUGUGCAAGUAUCUAGAUUAUUAACUAAAGGCCAUGGUCAGCUCGCAGACUUCCACUUUCUGUCCGACUGUGUGCUGGACUGGAACAGUCAUCUGAAGUUGAUGUGAGAAAUUCUACAGUAAGAGUAAGGUCAAUCACUUAUCAACAGUAUGAGCCUGACACUUGUCAGGCUCCUCAGCUGAGCAAGCAGUGCCAAGUCAAGAGUGUGUCUCGUCAGUCAUAGCAAGCUCGUCUUCUUCUGCGUUCGGAAAUGGCGAGUUCCAGGCCUCGGGCGUCAGCACUUUAUUCAACCAGCAUCAUCUAUUGCAUUGGCGGAGAAGAACAAAAAUGGUGGAAGAACCUUGGGACCAGAGGGUUAGCAUGUCAUCAAAUUCUUCAGUUAGUGAAGCCAGAUUUGAAUGUAGCAUUUACGGUAACGACUUGAUCAACUGGACUUACCAGCCUACAUAGGAUAUUGUACUGAUUGUUAUCACAUAUUCUUUGCAAGGAUAGUUUUGAGUCGAGUGCCCGCCCUUCCCAAAGACACUCUCUAUCUUUUUACCAAACAGGCGUAGAUUGUGUGUAUGAUGCGAGAAUAGAUGUACAAGUAGAUGCACUGUAAAUGCAGUCAGGAGCCAUACGAGUGAGAUUGAAGUAAAACUCGAACAAUUUCA